GGUCAGCGCAUACCUCUUGUUCCUACUAGAAUUUCAAGACUAGACUCUAGCACCCUCCUCUCCUCCAUACAAUUUCAACUCCAAAGAGGCUCUGAUAUCUAGUCUAUUCACCAUGAGAUUCACUGCUAUCUUUGCUAUUCUCGCCUUUGGCAGCUGCUUAGGCAUGACGGCAGUACUCAACUCAUCUAAGAUUGCACUUGGCAUUGAAUCUGCCAUGGCGCAUUCGGGUCUCGAGAAACGAGAUGCCUUCACUUGUUACGGCUCUACCAACACCUCGGUCUCGGACUGCCAGAAGAUCAUUGACACUAUUCGAAUCGACGAGCAGCAGGAGUUCGCACUCUACUCGGGUGUCUGCGCUGUCUGGAACCAAGGAUCAUGCAGAGUCCGCUUCUGCGCCCAGCCCUACGUCAACAGACCCGUCAACAGGUCUGCAACCUGGCUGACAACCUACAUAGCCAGCCCACUGCUAGACGGCUGCAUUGGCAAAGGAAACCUGGGAGUCAUGGCGGACCAUACUAACAUCAACAGUCACUAUGGCACGUACCGACUAUGGGUGGAUUAAUUCUCGAAUACAUGAUGUGAGAGUAGCCUGUAUUGUUGUCAUAGGGUCUACGAUGAGAUUUCAGGGACAUCAUGGUAACGACUUUCUAUUAUGUAGCCUAGACGAAACUCUAGCAGGGAAUGAACUCGGUCGAAGUACGCAUGAACGAGUAACUAUGUGCUCAUAGCAUUUGCUUCGAUACUCGAACGUCUCCAUUACUAUGAGGUAGAUAGCAUUGCAAAUUAAUGCCUUGGUCAAUCAUAGCUUCUGGAGCUACAAACCUCUCAGAGUGAAUAUAUUUUUAUUAAGCUGAGAUUUUCCC